AUGUCUAAAUUUUUAACUCUCCACUCUUACAAUCCUUUCAUCUUUCUUCCAAAUUCUUCCCCCAAAUCUCCUUUUUAUUCUUCCUUCUCCAACCGAACCACCUUCACUGUGUUUUGUACUCAUUCUAAUCCUAACAUUAUCAAAACCAACCGAAGAUUAAUCUAUGGAAAACCCCUCUCACCCUACGACUCUGAUGAUGAAAUGUACCAAGAAGAAGACGAUGAUGAUGAUGAUGAUGAUGAUGAUUUCUUCUCUGAUGAGGAAUUUGCUGAGUCUGCUGAUUUUGAUGCUAAAGACAAGAAAUCAAAGACUCUUGCAGGUGGGAAAUUGGUUAACAAUGGACAAAGUAGUAAAUUGUCCAAAAGUCGGAGAAUAGCGUACUUACAACAAAAUAAGAGUCCAAAGUUUGGUAGAAGUUCUGUGGGGGAAAGAUAUCCAGAGUUGUCUGAACAGAUUGAUUUGGAUGUGAAAUGGUUACCGCUUCUUGAUUAUUUAAGCACGUUUGGAAUCAGUGAAUCACAAUUGGUCCAAAUUUACGGGAAGCACAAGUCGGCGUUUCAAGUCAAUGUAUCUUCUGCACGGGAAAAGUUAGAUUACUUAAUGAGUCUUGGAGUUAAACAUAAAGAUAUAAAAAGAAUCCUUUUGCGGCAACCACAAAUUAUCGGUGUUGAGAAAUCGCUGAAACCAACAGUGAGAUAUUUAGUUGAGGAAGUUGGAAUCAAUGAAAAAAUUUUGGGUAAAGUUAUUCAACUGAGCCCUCGAGUUCUAGUCCAGAGUAUUGACAUUUCGUGGAAUACUCGACUUUUGUUCUUUACCAAAGAGUUGGGUGCGUCAAAAGAGAGCAUUGUGAAGAUGGUGACAAAACACCCCCAGCUUCUCCAUUACAGCAUUGAUGACGGAUUGCUUCCAAGAAUAAAUUUCCUAAGGAGCAUAGGAAUGAAAAAUGCCGACAUCUUGAAAAUCUUGACUAGCCUUACACAGGUGCUAUCGCUGUCAUUGGAGGCUAAUCUAAAGCCGAAGUAUUUGUACUUGGUGAAUGAACUUCACAAUGAGGCGCAAUCUCUGACCAAAUAUCCUAUGUACCUAAGCUUGUCUUUGGAACAGAGAAUUCGCCCUCGCCAUAGGUUCUUGGUUUUGCUAAAGAAAGCCCCCAAAGGACCAUUUCCUCUAGGAUCUCUAAUCCCAACUGAUGAAAGCUUUUGUCAAAAAUGGGCUGGAACUACUCUUGAUAAGUAUAUGGCUUUUCGUCAGAGAUCUUCGCUCAAAAAUCUAGCUGAGAAAUAUAAAAGAAAAAUGUGA